AUGAAACAUCCCAUAUUGCUUCCCAGAGAUAGCGAAUUUACAAAUAAGAUAAUCAAGGAAACGCAUGAAAAUAAUUACCAUGUUGGCACUACACAUACUCUUAGCCUCAUUAGAGAGAAGUACUGGAUACCACAAGGUAAACGUCAGGUGGAACGAGUGGUCUCAAGAUGUCAACGGUGCAUCAAACACGGCGGUGGUCCUUAUCGCUUGCCAACUGCGCCCGAUCUACCUACCGAAAGAGUGAACUAUAGCACACCAUUCACGUACUGCGGAGUAGAUUAUUUCGGACCGCUUUAUGUCAACACGCAAACUGGCAAGCAGAAGAGGUGGGUUGCCCUAUUCACUUGCUUGGCUGUUCGAGCCAUUCAUCUUGAGAUUGUUAACGACUUGACAGCAGAAGAAUGUCUCUUAGCACUUAGAAGAUUUGCUGCCACUAGAAACACUCCACAACGAUUGUAUUCAGACAAUGCCACAUGUUUCAAACUAACGUCGGAAGUCGUCAGUAAGCCGUACUGCAUUGAAAGAGGAAUUGAAUGGCGAUUUAUACCUCAGCUGGCCCCGUGGCAUGGUGGAUUUUACGAACGACUGAUAGGUGUAGUGAAGCAUUCUCUAAAGCGCACUCUCGAAAAGCACCUUCUUGGAGAUAGCAAGCUGUUAACAGUGCUAAAGGAGGUAGAAGCUGUAGUCAACUCAAGACCACUUACUAAAAUUGGAACCGAAGUGAUCCACAUAUUAAGACCAGCUGAUUUCCUAAGUCUGGGAAAAUGCUUAACCUUGACUCCGGCAACGAAUAGUGUCUGUACGGUGGACAGUUCAAAAAUUCAAGUUAACCUAAUAGAGAGCUGGAAAAGGGGCUUGAUAAUCCUAGAGGAAUUUAAGAAAAUAUUCAUGGCACAGUACUUGACGAGUUUGAGGGAGAGAUACCAAAACUCUCCUAAACAACCAAGAAUUGUGUCUGAUUGCGAACCUAAACUGGGAGAUAUUGUUCAAAUAAAAUCGGAUCUAAGAAACCGCGAGUUGUGGAAAGUCGGAAAGAUAGCAGAGCUAAUAAGGAGUGCAGAUGGUAAACACAGGGUUGCUAAAGUUAAAGUAGGAGACUCUAUUAUGACUCGAUCUAUAGGUCAUCUCUACCCAUUGGAGACUGAAACAGAUGGCUCUCCGCGAACGGUAGCGACAGAGGAGGAACAAGCUGCAACACCUCUAGACACGCCGAUAGAGUAUUUGGAUCUGGAUGCUGUCCCAAGUGGAGGCGAUGGCAUACGGCCUCCCCAAACAAAUCCAAUACCUGAGAAUCAAGACGAGACAGUUGCUACUGAGGAAGUAAUGCCUAUACAAGAAUCUAUGAUGAACACUGAAGCAUCAAGAUCGGAGGAAGCCACUUGCAAUCCUGACGGUAUGCUACCGGAAACUAGGACUAGGAGAGACGCCGCUAUUCGUGCCAGAGCGAAAAUCUUGGAGUGGACACGUCAUCUGCUCACACUACUGCAAUAG